UCAUCUGUGGUGGUGGUGGCAGUGGUGGAUGAUCUUUAUGCUCAAUUGAUAAGUAUGUCGUUAUCUGCCGUAACCGAAAAUAACUAUCAUGUUGCCCUUCUGUUUUUGUUGUAUUCGAUGAGUUAAUCAACCAUGGAGACUUCAGUACUAAACGCGGCGCACGAAAGACAAAGAAGAGCAGAGGCAUUGUUAGAAGAGGGCCGUUUUGAAGAGGCAGCCAAGUGUCAUGAAAUAGUAGCCUGUCUUUUAUCAGAAGCACAUGCACAACUUGAAUCUAAAUAUGUUCAUCUGAAGACACCUGGUUUAUCUAGUCAGACUCCACCAGUUGUUAUUUCUUCCAUUCAUUCACUCAUUACUUUAGAAUCUCUAGCCCUUCAACGGGAUUAUCAUAAAAGACAAGCUGCUGUAGUUAGAAUGAAACAAGCGGAAUAUGAAGAAUAUAAAGCUACAUUGGAAAAUCAACAGAGAGAAAUCCUUAGUAAACAAACACCGAAACUGGUUGAAAAGGAUGCAUCUGAGCUUAUAAGUGAUAAGUUUGAUGUAUCCUUACGGCAAGCCAUAUAUAAAACAAUUGAAGAGCAAGAUAGUCUUCUAACUCUGAUCUCAAUGCCUAACAACGAAGACAAAGCUUUUAAACAUCCAAAGGAUGCAGUCACUGUUAUAGAGGAACUGAAAACUGUUAAUUGUCAGUUGCGUUGCUUAGUUGGAAGCUUGCUAAGCCAGUUAGAGGCAAAGGAAGAGGAAGUGAGACAAUUAACCGAACAGCUCCAUGCUGUUAAUCUUAAUGAUGACUCUAGAUUAGAUACACAUUCCUUAAGACUUGCGCCUCUACCACCAUUAACUCCUCUUGAGAUGCCUCUUUUUGAUUUCACGUCAACAUAAGAUGUUGUGAUUCUAUUAAGAUUAUUAAAAUCUUUUGCUAAAUAGGAUAAAAAUAAUAUGAUAUAUAGAAUUAAAUCAGAUCUGUAAUAGUACAAAAACCAACUUGACAAAUUACUGCAGUAUUCAGUUUCUUACCGCAGGAUAAAGUUCAAGUAUACGACAAUUAAUGUUUUAUAACACAAGGAGAAUUGUAGCAUACCUAAAUUUAAAAUAUGUUGGUACUUAUUCUCGUUCGUUUGAUGUUCUUGCAUUUGAGGGAUCAAAAUACAUAUCAGCUAUAGAAAUGAUUUAGCAAAAACGUAUAUUUCAUUCACGAAUGGAAUUUACAAGACCAUGCGCCUAUGCGAACAAUAAAGCAGUUAAUUUAUCGGUUAAAGUACUGCCAGUUGAAUGUUCGUAGGCAGAGAUAACUAAUACAGUAAUGAAUAUUCUUCCGUGGAAUUGUACAAAAUUGUUGUAAAUGUGUACCUAAUCAUUGUUAAUAUACAAUACCAUUGCAAAUGCACAGUUUUAAAAAUUGCUGUCAAAACUAGAAAACUUUGUUAUUCUUUAUAUAAUGUUGCGCAAUAAACAUCUGCAGAAC